CAUUUCCCCCUUAAAUAUUCUAUCUCGCUAUCGCAUCUCCUUCUCAUUUCGGACCGUUGACAAGACCAACACCAACAACACCACAUUCAGAAUAAUCGCUAGUGAAUAUGACUCAAUCACCAAUCAAAGAAAAUGUCGACCCUCUCGCCGGGAGGGCGAGUACCACAGCUGGACAACCUAAACAAGUGCCAGAUGAUGAACAACGUGGACCCAAAACUAAACCUGAACAGACUAGUGGCAAUGCUACUGAAGAAGAUUUAAAGGCUGCCAAAGCCGCUGCGGAAGCUGUUCAAGGUGAAGGAUCCGGCGGGAAUUUGAGCAGGAAGGACGUUGAGCAGGCUGGUCCCCAUGGAGCUACUUGAAUUAUAUGACGUAUGACCGAGGUACAAGAUGUAAGAAGUAACAAGUGAUGCAGACAUGAUCUUCAGUAUUCG